UACUCCCAGAGGCAUGCAAUCGAAGGACUGAGAUUUGGGUGUCAAAAACAGACUUCACACCUUUUUAUAGGAUAAUUAAUCUACAUUGAUGUUCAGGCUAUGGAUGGAAUUCAGCAGGUUAGCGUUUUUUCUUCAUGAAUCUUGCUCUGGAGGCAGCUCUGCAUUUCCACGUCAUUUCACCAACAAAAAUUAAAUAUCAUGACGUUGAAUCAACGUGGGAAACGGUUGGAUUUGAAGAAGGCAUCAACAUAAGGGAAUUUCGUAGGUUAAAAGGGGACUUUUAAUCGAAAUCCAAUGACAUGUGAGAGUAAUCUCACUCACAGUAGAGGCCAUGCGCACCAACUCUCACUCAUGAAGACAAUGAUCCUGUCUGCAAUGUUGACAUUCCUGGUGCAUAUUCUCAUCGUCUCCCACGGUGCUGUGUUGGUGGAGCCUGUGGAAGUAUCCCCCCAUGGAGACCUUCUAGACCUCCCCUGGUUGACAGAGCUCUGCUGUUCCUCACGCCCAGCCCAACUUCACCACAGAGGAGAGGAAGAAGACAGGGGGUCUGCGGGGUCCAGGGCAGCACCAUCUGAUCCGGGACACCCACACACCCUUCAGUGCCUCUUCAGGAACUUCACAAGCACACUAGGACCUCACCCGGAGACUGAGCCCAGCAGAGCCACCUGUUGGGACAUCCUGUGUCGUGUCGAUGAGACCUGGGAAAAUGUAAUAUGUGAUCUAAAGCACCCAGCCACUUCCUCAGACACCUCCACUCCUGGGUCAGUGGCACUUAGCUUGCAGCACUUAGCAACACUGCCUGACAGUGAGGUUAACACCACAUAUGGGACUGACUGUGUGGGAGAGGAUUCCAUCACCUGUUCUAUUGCUCUCCAUGUGGUCAGCAGUAUCGUCGUGGUGACAGCCAAUGUGUCCAACACCACAGCAGGUCCCCUGGUGAUGCUCAGCGUCCCUCCACGUCUCUGGAAACCAAGCCCACCACUGAACCUAACACACACCCAGACCACAGAGGGAGAGUUGAUUCUGAGCUGGAGUGACCCACAGCCCCAUGCRAGCCCUGUUCAACUGAGCUAUGAAGUCCGAUACAAUACCUCCCAAAAUACCUCUCACCCCAACUGGCUGCACGUGGAGGUGUCUGGAGGCCAGUGGGUGUCUCUGACUGGACUGAGGCCUGGUCUGCACUACACUGUCCAGAUUCGGUCUCACCACCCUGCUCUGCCUCACCUGUGGAGUGACUGGAGCCAACAACAUCGUAUCCGUCUGGAAAAUGUGACAUAUCUCCCUGAGAGAGUGGUGGCCAGCUUUGGAGACAGCGUGACCGUCUAUUGCGUGUUCAAUGACCUCAGGGUGAACGCCAGCACCACGGUCUGGAUUCUGAACUCCCGUGACCGCCUUCCUAGGAGCCAGUACGCUGCAGUCAACGACCGUGUCAGUAAGAUAACGGUUCGACCAUCGGAGCAGAGACUGUCUGACACCCUGCAUUGCUGCCAGCCUUUAGGGGAGACGUAUAGCUGUAACUACCGCUACUCAACGAUAUACAUUAAAGAUCCGGUCAUUGAUAUCAGCUGUGUGACCAAUGGGGAUCUGGACAGCAUGACCUGUAGGUGGAACAACCUACCUAUAGGUGGAAUCAACUUCAUGUCCAGGGUGGCCGACCUGUCCUGUGACGUCAUGGAGGAGGCGGAGAGGGUGGGUGUGCCAGUGGGUGUGGCCAGGCAGGCGAAGUGUGAAUCCAGUGGCUAUAGGGGAGUGAAGAGCUGCAAUCUGCAGCCAAUAAGAGUGACUUCCUGCUACAAGCUGUGGAUGGAGGCCAAGUCCGACAACAGCACAAGGUCACAUCCUGUCUACAUCACACCUAUGGACCACGUGAAGCCCCAUCCUCCCUCAGGCCUUGAGGCAGUGAGCAUGCCCAGUGGGGUGCUAAUGCUGACGUGGGUGGCCCCAGAACUGCCCAUCUACGAUAUGCAGUACCAGGUCCGCUAUGCCCUCUCAACUGGCAGGGCCCAUCCAUUCUGGCAGGUCCUAGCUCUGCAGACUGAGUCGUGGGCUGAGGUCCUUGAACCAGAUGUGUGUGGGGUGUACAAUGUGCAGGUCCGCUGUAUGCACAUCAACGGCUCCGGGACCUGGAGUGACUGGAGCCACUUGCUCUACACCACCACUCACAACAGCAGAGCUCCUGACCAGGGUCCUGAUUUCUGGCGAGUGUUUCAGGAGGAUCCAGCAAGUACGCAGACGAACGUCACUCUUCUCUUCGAGCAUCCCCCCAUAGUGGAGCCAACCUACUGUGUGGAGGAACUUGUAGUACAGCACCAGGACUCUGGGGGCACUGUUACUGAGGAGAGAAUAGGCCUGGUGUCAUCCUAUAGCUUUGAGUGGAGAGGGGAGGUCCACUCUGUGACGGUCAAGGCUCAGAACAGCCAGGGCUCUUCCACUAGGAACACCCACAUGACCCUGGAUAGACACCCCAAACGUCAGUGUGUGCGUUCGUUCAGUGCGUCCCGUGUGAACAGUAGUUGUGUGGUCCUGUUGUGGUCUCUGCAGCCCAACAGCAGUGUACCGUGGUCCCUGGUCGUAGAGUGGUCGGGUCAGAACCACCAGGACAGACCGGACCAGACCACAGAGAGCAGGGAGAGGUGGACCAGGUUCCCCCCUACUGACAAGCUCCUCUACCUAUAUGGUCAUUUCUAUGACACUGAUGAAUACGAGUUUAUUUUGUAUCCAGUGUUCGCGGAUGGAGAAGGUGAGCCAGUGUAUACUAAAGUCUUUAGGGGGGGUGAUGCUGGGCCUGCUGCCUACAUGCUUCUGAUGAUCAUCGCCUUCCUCUCCAUUGUCCUCUUCGUCACCCUGGUCAUAUCCCAAAACCACAUGAAGAAGUUUAUGUGGAAAGAUGUUCCCAACCCCAACAACUGUUCCUGGGCUCAGGGGAUUGACUUUGGGAAGGCUGACACUAUGGAGCAGUUGUUCCGCCACCCAGAGGGCCUGCCAGCCUGGCCACUACUCCUCGUCUCAGAGACCAUCUCCGAGGCCACCAUCAUGGAGAAGACUGGGCCCCCUACGUCAGGCCCAGACAAGGACCUGAUCCCAGCCUCCUCCCCAGCUCUCUGUGUGGACUCAGAGGUGCCUGGGCUCCCAAAGGAGGAGGAGACCCUCCAACUCCCAGAUCUCCCCAGGAGUUUGGAGAGCUCAGCCCAGCCGUCAGUGACCUACGCCACCGUGCUUCUCUCUGACAACCCCCACCACCUCUACAAGCAGGAGGGCAGCCUCAGCAGUUCCAGCGACGAGGGCAACUUCUCAGGCAACAACUCUGACAUCUCGGGCUCCUUCCCCGGAGGUCUGUGGGAGCUGGAGAUCUCCCAUUCCGGAGCCGGAGAGUCGGACCUGGAACCACGGCGUUCCUGCUCUUACAACUCUGUCGGGGAGUUUUCCGAGACUUCAGAACAGGAGGAUGAGGCCCUGGGAGGAGAGAGGGAUGGGGGGAUAGAGGUAAUUGAGAAGAAGGACCUGUAUUACCUGGGGAUGGGCUGUCAGGAGGAGAGUGAGGAGGAGGAGGAGGAGGAGGAAGAAGACACAGGGGCUAUGCUUCUCAAAGAGGUGAUGGUUCUGGGGAGAGGGGGCUCGUCCGUUGAGUGCAUCCCUUUGCUCGGGAGUCAGGACUCUAUGUUUAGUGAGUACAGUGACGAGGGGUCGGUGGUAGGGAUGAGGAGUGUCCCCCUCUACCUCCCCCAGUUCAGAACUGCUCCCUCCAGUCCACUCAAAGCACAGGACAGCGCCCACCAGCUGUAAGCGCUGAUAGUGCUUCAUGUACUGAUUCAGUCUGAUGCUGCUGUUUAGUCCCUCAGGAGGGAGAGAACUCAAGAGAGACACAGACAAUGGCCUGUGGCCGGUGUUCAGUCAGUGAUAGGCUCUUCUAUCUGUUGAGAGCAUUUACAGAACCUUAGCUGUUUUUAGAUGGCACACUAUUCACAAUAUAGUGCACUAAGAUCCCUUAUGGGCCCUGGGCAAAAGUUGUGCACUUAUAUUGGACAUUUAGAAUAUGGGGAAAAGGCGUCCAAGGGUGCGAGGCGUCCUAGAUGCUAAGCCUCUGCCCACUUUAUAAGGAAUAGGAUGCCAUUUUAUAAGCACAGUCUCUCCGUCUACAGUGCUACUGUUCAGUCCACAGGAAGCCAGCUCUGUCACAUCUCGGAGAGAGGAGAGCAGAGGGGUGGAGGCUCAUUCAUUCAGUACUGCACACUUUCAGGAACUAUUAUGCUGGGAUGAAUUUAAUAAAAAAAUUGAAAAAAGGAAAGAAAAAUCUUCUGAAAAGGUCUAUUUUCUUUCCGAUGGCUGCUGUGAGCUCGAUAGACUGUACAGCAUAAGCACAUGAUGUGAUCGUGUCUCAAAGCAGGUGUGAUUGAAUGGUUGGACUCUGGUGGAUGUUGGAUUUGGAUGCUUUUGGAACACUUAUUGUAACAUUUGUGGAGAAUUGCCUUUUAGAUCUGCAUUUGCAUUGACUGAGCCCUCAAAAAAWAWAUAUAUAUUUUCUUCGUUGUAUAUGUGCUGUAUUUGAAACUUCUUUACGAUAUGUAAGAAAUGUGCCAUCUAGUUUCAUUGCGUGUCUUUUUCUAUUGAAAAAGCUGUUGCUACUGUAGGUAUACAUGAUAAAAGAAUGUACAUUUUGAAACCAAUGAAAAAACUGAAAAUACCAGAGUGAUAUGUAAUCCUUGUCAAGAUCUUGUGUAGUUUUCGUGGUCACAAUAAAWUCUUUAUUGCCA